AACGGUGCUCGGUGUAGCUAAAACAAAGUAAGCAAAAACAUUACCAAUAUAACCUGCUAACAAGCAACGAAAGAAUGAUGGCGUUCCGAGGCAUCAUACGUUACCUGUUUGUACUUUGCUGCUUUCUUUCACUGUCCGAUGUGGCGAUGGGGCAGGAUGAUGAUGGUACUUCUUCUUCUGCUACCGCCCUGGAACCGGUGUGCCCGAACAUAGUGAAGCGGGCACAGUGGGGUGCGGCCAAAUCGAGCAACGUCACUUACCAGCUGAAACCGGUUGCGAACGUCAUCGUGCAUCACACGACGGGUGAACGUUGCUCCACCAUAACAUCCUGCAAGGAGAUGGUGCGGAAUAUACAAACCUUCCACCAGACCCAGAACAAAUGGAGUGACAUCGGUUACAACUUUCUGAUCGGCACCGGAUACAUUUACGAAGGUAUUGGUUGGCAUCGGACGGGUGCGCAUCUGCGGGGAUACAACGACAAAUCGAUCGGUGUGGCCUUCCUCGGGAACUUCGACCAGGACCGACCGACGGCUCGUAGCCUCGACUUGCUCGCUCGGCUACUGCAGUGUGGCGUCGAGAUUGGUGAACUUACUGACGCCUAUCGGCUGUACGGUGCCCGUCAGCUUCAGGCCAGCAACAGCCCAGGGAAGUGGUUGUACGCGAAACUGCAAACGUUUGACCAUUGGCUGAUGGAUGACUAGCGCAUCGUAGACGUUGCUAAAUGAAGCGCUCCAAAUAAAAACUCUCCACACUGA